AUGAUGACAUCAGCAGCAGCCUGGGAUGGCCAGGACCAGCAUAUGUCUUCCGCCUCCGACGACGAAUUCCAUCAUUUCCUCGACAUGACGUCGAUGAGUAAUGUUGGCGACGGUAUGCAGUUUGAUUUCCGCAGCUUCCAGGAUGCGGCUCCGCAGCACAUGUUGAAUCAGCACCCACAGCAGCAACAUGGCCAACCAACCCAUGCCAUCAUGGGCGACGCCGAAAACGCCCAUGCCAUGCCUCGCCGCGACGUCCUGGCGUCGCAGAAUCACGCGCCAGCCAUGGCUACGACGGGCUGCAUGCCAGCGUCACUGCUGCCUUCCUCGGCGCCAAGCGAUAGCAUCUCCAGCAUCGAUGCCCAAAUCCACUAUCUCCAGCAACAGAAAUUUCAGCAGCAGCAACGCCAGCUGCAGGAACAGCAGGCCACUUUCUUCUCUCAGAGCCAUUACGUUCCCCCCACCCCCCAAAGCCUGGAAUUUGCCCCUGGCAGCGGGCACUUCUUUUCCCAGGCCGAGCAGGUUCCCCAGCCAACUGCUUACGAUCGUGGCUAUCGCCGGCCGCUGCCGGAACAGCAAGAUAUGGCUUUCACACCCCUGGUCUCGCCCGCGGUGACGCCUUUGGAUCCUCACUUCAACAUGGAGAACGCCUUUUCCAUUCCCGGAGCCUACUUCAGCCCCUUGACGUCACCCGCUCUGUAUGCCCAAAACGAAGCGUCCUCUGCGUACGACCAUGGCACCGACUCCAACAACUCGCCCGGGGAGAUGGACCUGGAGGCGCCUGCAGUCGUCGUCCCAUCGGCUGGAUCGAGCACCGAUUUGUCCAAGAAGGCGAGAAAAAACAACGCCGUCAAGGUUCGGGUGAAGUCUGGUGUCAAGUACUCGCCCAUAGCCAAGCCUCAGCGUCGAAAGACGGGGCCUAGCCCAGCCAUCGUGUCGCAGGUUCUGAACGAGGUCGAGGAGGGCCUUUUGCAGCCUGCGGAUCAGAGCUUGCUUCCUCUGCCAGCCACAUCUACCGAGGGCUCGGAGGACAACGCCUCCGUGUCGCCCGAAAACCUGACGGAUAUGCCGCCACCCCCCAUCCCAUCUCGACGAUCAACCAGCAGGUCGCCUUAUAUCCAGGCCCAAAGCAGCAGCUCCCAACAGCCAACUCCUCGCUCUCUGGCGGAAGAGCAGCAGCAGCAGCAGCAGCAGCAGCAGAAGAAGAAGCAACAGCCCCACCCCGCGACGCCGGCCUCGCUGAUGAAGCUUCCUGCCUCCAAGGCGAAGAAACCGCUGGCCACUAGCCACGAGCAACAUGCCGUCACCGAAAACAUUGAGUCUCUCGAGCUCCCAGAGUCGAUAUCGGGCGGAGGGCUUGCGCCCAUCAACACAUGUCUCACGUCGCCUUUGUCGAGAACCGAGCUCAGUCCGCCCAGAAGCGCCCCGCCGCGGCAGCAACAACAACAACCUCUGCUGUCUCCUGUGAUGCGCACUUCGGGCACGGUUUCUGCAAGCCAAAGCCCGCAGUUGAGGCCGGGGUCCUCGGGCCCUAGUGCCCGGAAGACGCCGCAUCUAGCGUCCAGGAACAGCAGGAAGCGAUCGACGAGCUCUGUCCAUGCCUCACCCGCGCUGCUUCCCAGAAUAUCGCCAAACAUCAAACCGCUACUGCCGGGCGCGCCCGGCGCGCCCGGCAUGUCUCUGGAAGACACGGCCUCGCGACUGCUCAUGACCAAGUCGAACUACCAAAACAUCCUCGAAGGCAACACGGUACCCGGCGUCUCGUAUCCAACCGAGCUGUCGACAAACCUCACCUCCAAACGAACGUCUCACAAGAUCGCGGAGCAGGGACGAAGGAAUCGCAUCAAUUCUGCGCUGCAAGUCAUGGCCAGCCUCUUACCCGACCAGCAUGAGGUGGACGAAGGGGACGAGGGGGAGAAAAAGGAGGGCAAGUCACAAUGCAAUGUGCCCAACAGCAAAGCCAGGGUGGUGGAGAAUGCGAUUGAGCACAUGAAGAACCUGCAGCAGGAAAACGUGGAUUUGAAACAGGAGCUGCAAGAGUUGAAAAACCGGCUGAAGAACCUGCAGCAUACUGGCGCCACCACGACGUAG